AUGAAGGCUGAGUGUCAGUGCGGAACUGUCGCUUUCGAGACGCCAGUACCGAAACCUCUCGAUCUCUACUGUUGCCACUGCUCCCAAUGCCGCAAGCAGUCCGCAUCCGCCUUCGGCACGUCCGCUAUAUUCCCCGCCGACGGCCUGUUCCCUCUUGACGAGGACCUCAAGUCGAAACUGCAGAUGUGGAUGCGGCCGACCAAAGGGGGCGGACACAUGGACUGUUAUUUCUGCCGCGUGUGCGGGAGUCGCGUUUUCCACCGCGCACAGGAUAUAAACGGGACUCCAAAACAGACCGUCAGCAUCAAGGGAGGGCUCAUCGCCGGGAUUGACAUGGAUCACGGGAAACAUAUUUGGACAAGCAGCGCGGUCGUGCGGAUCCACGAGGGGGCGCAAAGAUGGGACGAAUCGCCGCCUGCAACUCCUACCGACGACGGCAGCAAAUUUCCGGUUAAGUUCCGGGAUCUGACAUAG